CGACAACACUGACAACAAUGUUAUUUUUUGUAUGCCUCUGCCAUUCUAUUAUUAAUUAUCGAGACUGCAAUACAAUAGUCUACUGAAUGAAAAAAAAUUAUAGUAUUAAAGUCUAAGUAAAAAAAUCGCAAUUCUUAAAAGUUUUUUUGUUUAAGUUGGUUUGUCUAAUUUAAACAGUACAAAAAACAAUGGACUGAUUGAGUGACUCGCCUGGUAAGUAAGUAAGCUAUACGCCUAUACUCUAUACAAUACUAUACUCUAUACUCAUACUGGCUCUACUUAAAUAAUUAUGACUAUGACAUUUAAUAAAGGCCCGGGAGUGUUUGUGUGUGUGUGUGGGGGGGGGGAGGGGAUUUUCCCCUGGCAUUACAUUUUUUUUUUUUUUAAAUUAGGGCCAUAGGCCAUAUGCGGGAUAGCAACCGAUUGGAGUGUUUGUGUGUGUGUGUGGGGGGGGGGAGGGGAUUUUCCCCUGGCAUUACAUUUUUUUUUUUUUUUAAAUUAGGGCCAUAGGCCAUAUGCAGGAUAGCAACCGAUGAUCUACAGUCUACAUGUGUCAAUGGAUUUUUACUCUUCUUAAAACUAAAAAUAAAGUAUAAUAUGAAUAUGUUUAUUCAUUGGCCUUACGAUUGGCAGGAUAAUCGUCGACGGCGACCAACCAUGCAUUCUCAGUCAUAGUCAUUCUGUUAAAAGAUAAAUAAACUUUUGAAUAUCACAUUUUCCCCCAGUUAGAUUGCUCAUAUUUUUUAUAAAAAUGUAAAUGUAACUAAAUUUUAAAAACGUAUAAACUAUAAUCAUAAUCUUUUUAAAUUUAUCUUUUUGUGAUAAAUUAAAAUAGUAAUGGCCUGACUGUUAACUGUUAUGAAGGACCAAAAAUGCUAAAACUAAAAUCAAAAUUAUUAUAAGAUGCAUAGAUUUACAUUAAAAAUGAAAUAACAUUAACAUCAUUCUCAUUUCUGAAAUCUUUUAAAUUAAUUAGAUCUCUGUUAUUUUUGUGUAAAUGAGUUUAUAUUAAUACUAUUAAAAAAAUUAAUUCUCAAUGUUAACUUUAUCUCUUCAGAUGUGUAUACUUUUCUUUAAUUGAAAUUCCUAUUUAAAGAACUCCAACAACAAUGAAUGUUCAAGAGCGAAGAGAUGCAUUGAAGAAACAUUUGAUUAGCUAUUUGAACACAUGUGAGGGGAAAAAAUGUCAACGGGAUAAAAUUUGGGUAGAGAUGUCUCAGUAUCUGAAAAAAUCUUUGUCCAGAAAAAUGUAUGGAGUUGAAAAGAUGAAUGAUCUUUUAGAAGAUUUUGGAGAUGUCAUACUAGAAAAGGAUGGUUAUAUAUUUCUGGAAAGCUCAUUUACUGAUUUAGAACAGAGAAAGGCUAAAAAGCAGAGACCUAUACAUCAAACUGAUGCAAGGCCCUCUAAAAGUGUUGACACUUUUCUACAAACAAAUCCAGGUACUAGUUUAACAAAAACUCACAAUGUACCGGAAGCAAGUGUAAUUAGACCUGCACUGUCUGAGCCCCUUCAGGAUGAACCUUUAGGUAUGUGCAUAUAAUCUGUAAGACUGGAGGUAAAAAAUUAUUUUAACCUACCAAUCGCAUUUAAAAGUACACUAAUGUGCUAAAAAGAUUUAACUUUUGUAUUGUACAAGUAAAAUUAUAGUUUUCUUUUCAAAUGAGAGUAAUAGAUAUUGAUAAUCUUCAAUGUAUAUUGCAUAUAAAUUACUAGAUUAUUGUGGUAACAAAAUUCAUUUAAAAUGACAAAUGGGACUUCUUACAUUGUAAGUUAUUUCUUUUAAAUAGAAUUUUGUUAAUUUAAUAUCUGAUUGGUUUUCUUUAUCAAAGUGGCUAUUCGGACCCUGGUCCGAGAAGUGAGAGGCUGGGAUUAAAAUUAAAAAAAAAAAAUUAUUGGUAGGUUGUAAGACAAAAUUUGGUAUAAAAUUAAAGAUAAUUGAAUGGAAUAUGUGUUUGUAAACUUACUUCUUCAGUUUAACUAAAAUAAUCUACCAUAAAUGAAAUCCGAAUAGCAUUUAGUCUAAUUGGACCCAGGUCUGAAUAGCGGCGAUGCGUUUCCGGUUCCAUUUUGACUAAAUGCUAUUUGGAUGUCAAAUAUAAACCCAACUCUCACUUCUCGGACCCGGGUCCAAAUAGCCGCAGCCUUUCUUCAGAUUAUUUAACCAUCAAUUUCCUCUCUUAAUAAGAAAACUGUCAUAAAUUUUGUUAAGGAAAUGUUUUCACAAUUAAAAGUUUUAAAUGAAUCCUCCUAGAAUCACUUUUGGGAUUUUUCCCCUUCAAUUUAUAGGUAUUAUAAGUAUUAAGUAUUCAAUUAGUUUGAUACUAGAGUUCUGGCGGAUAUAAAAGGAGGAUAUGAACUUGAAAUGAAACUAUUUGACUAAUUGCUCAGGCAUGAUGAUACCAGCUGAAAGGGGACUUUUAGUAGGCCUAACAAUGCCUUUUAGCUGCAUAAUGUAGACAUAAACCAUUAAUUUGUCUGUUCCAUCUUAUUUAGAAUUAGGAUGUUAAAAACUGCUUUACUUCACCUAAAUGUAAGAAAAUUUCAUUGUCUUUAGGUUUUGGAAUUGAGAAUGAUUUUCCCUCACUUCAUACUUCCAAAGCUCUAGCAAAAGCAUCUCAUAAAAAAACAAGAAAUGAGGUAUAAGGGUGAUUUAUUGUUACAACUCAUUGUGGUUGGUUUGAAAAAAAUCUUAAAUAUUCAUGCACAAAGUAAAAAAAAUAUGCUUACUUCAUGAGCUUUCAUUUAUUGAUUACAACGUAUAUAUUUAUGCUGUGAAGCACUUUUUAAAUUUAUAAAUGAUUAAAUAAUGUAUCCCAUUGUCAAUGAAAACAUUAAAUACUAAAACUCAUUGUAUUGAUAUUGAUUAAUAGCAAUCUAAAAAAAGAAAAGUAAUGCACCUAUUAAAAAAUAAUAUAUAUUUUGUUGGAUCAGAUUACAUUUUGUUUGUUCCCCACAUUAUUCUGCCUUUUUACAUUAUAGAAACAACGAAGUUUGAAAGAUAGCAACCCUAAUAUUCAAAUGACAUCACCCAGUUACUCUGUGGAUUCUGAAAUACUUACAGCAGUGAGCAAGCCAACUGUAGGCCAUUCAGUAGUUAAUGUGCAUGAUUAUGGUGCUGCAGAGUGGCCAGAUAUGUCUGUAAGAAUGGGAAAAGCGCCAGGCACAAAACUUGAAAUUAAGGUGUUUGAAUUUAAAUUUUAAUUAAGAUAUUACCAAUGACACAAACCCCCCCUCCCCCCCUUGAAAAAAUUCCUGCAGGUGCCCAUGUUCUUGAUUAACUUCAAUUGAACAUAAACUAGCUUUGGAAUUUAGUGAAGUUAUCUAAACAACUUCUUUCAUGAAGUAAUGUCAAAUUCUAUUAUUAUUAGAAAUUAGAAAUGAAUUCUUUGUUCAGUUAACUUGUAACAAUUUUUUUAAUCAGGUAAUUUCUGUGCCAUCCAUUUCCUUGACAAAAGGAGCCCGUCUUACAGAUGCUGAUGUUAACCAGCAGAUCAUGUAUUGUAUUGAAACACUAAACACAGCCAAAGAGCAUGUUACACUUCAAGCAGUGGAGAACCUCCUACUCAAGAUGUAUAAGGUAAUGAAGAGGUCAGGGGGCACCACCUACAGAACAACAGGAGUCUAUGUGGUCUAAGCGCAUAUUUGGUAGGGUGUCGAAUAGUAUGGAUAGAUAAUGUUUGUCAAUAGGAAGACAAGUACAAUAUAACACUUCCACAUAAAUUAGAAAUAACCAUUUUUUUCUAAAUAGCUUUAAUGUUUUUAUUUUAAGUGAAUAUUUAAAUGUUGGGAAUAUUUGUUAUGGUUAUUUCAAAAACGUAUGUUUUUAUCCGAGUUUGUCUCUCUGUUUCUUAGGUUAAAGCAUUUCAUCAGCUGAAUCUGCCAGAACGAUUCUUUUACAGUAUGCCAGCAGCAAAGGAGCACCAAAUGCUUCUUUCCAAAGUUCUUGUCUCUAUACAGACUUUUGUAAGGAGCAGAUCACUCUGCACCCUCUAUGAACUUGAAGAGAGCUGUAGAGAAUUUCACUCAGAAAGAAAAAGCUUUGAUCAUCUGAAAUUAGGUCCAUUGCAAAAGAUACCAGUUGUGUAA